GACGCGAGGUUCUACUUCGAAACAGCACAACAACAACAACCACAUUUUGGCAUGCUCUGGAAGACUGCAUGAGAUAAACAGAGAGGAAAGAGGUGUAAUACUACUGUACGUGGAAUAGCGUAAUUCAUAGAUCUAGACGUAUCAACGGUAUCGAUCGCAUCGAAUGGUUAUGUGUAAUAUGAGACCUAAAUUGGCGGACUGAUGAUUACACGCAAUGUCGAACGCUUUCCCCUCGUGCAUUACGGCUCUAAAGAUACACGGGCGAUUCGUUGCAACAACGUGGACAUUUGCCAAACUGGGAAUGCUCUAGUAUCUCGACAUCUGCAGCACUGCCUCUGUGCGUUCUCCUAAUUCAAGUACACAGGGCAUCACAUCCGGAGAUUCUUCAAGGAUCCAAGAUUGCCGUGCCAUAUAUCUCGUCAUCCAGCAUGAUCUCAUCGGUAAUAUCCGUUCCAGCAGAACUACAGCAAGGCUGAGCCCUGUUGAUGAAAUGCUGACAACACCGUUCUUGGACUCUGAUUUAAACAUGGACGGGUCCAAACUUUCUCUUCGCUUAAUUCUCUUACUACAUGAGGUACCCAAGCUCUUCAGUAUCUUCCUCAAUGACCAACUCGACAAAGUCUGUAUCUUCCUGCUCAUCACCAUCGUCCCCUCCCCCUCCGUCUCUUGUCGCUUUGCCUAGCAUGACGCAUUCGCUGGCUGCGUUGCCGACAAUGUCUUCGAUCCCAAGAGAUAUGCUUCACUACGGGAACACGGGAGCCCACAGUAAGGCGAAGCUUGAUUCAGCUCUGCAGAAGAAGCAGACUCAACCUCUCCCAGCCCAUGCACACUUAACACAGAAUGUCAGCAAUGAUUCCGAGUCCGAGACUGCGUAGCCAGAUCACUCAAUGGGUCAUAUAUAGAUGCAUGACAUUCGACGAACGCCCAGUCCGUCGUUCCAGGGCGGUGAAGACGGGCAUAUCACAGUCCGACCUAGACAACAGACGACCCGAAGAGACAGUACGCGAGAUCGAAGAUAAUAUGCCUCUGUUCCUGCCCACCGUCUAAAAACAGAGUCAGCGCUCGUUUCGCAUCGUGCCCUACUAGGGUGGGACCUUAAUGUCCUCAAGUCGAUGAUACAUUAAAAUUACCUUAAGGGAUGGGAUAAUCGGAAGGAAAGAAAAAUACUGCAGUUUGACUACUUAGUUACCGUACCUACAGAGAUGGUAUCGGUUUUAAUGCAAUGCAUUUCGACU